AUGGAUCCAUACUCGGUUCCCAAGUCAGCAACAAUAAAGGGUCUCUGGGAUAGUGCUUGCAAUCAGCUUGCCUGCACCAACAUCAUCGUGAUCGACGCUAAUGAUUUCGCUCUUCUGGGAGAAGAUGGCGAGAAGUUCUUCAAGGAGUUUUUCUCACAUGCCACGAACGACGAUUAUGUAUAUCUUGCGAGCCAAAUGGAUGUGAUCCGAAGCAUGAGAUUUACAAUUAUUUCGAACCCGAAAGAGCGCCUUCGCGUCCUUGUGCCGAUACUGAGUACACAGAAUGACCUGGGAGACGAUCCGUUCGUCAGUAGAGGAUCGGAGGUACGCCAGCAGCCACCGAGGGUACCAGUCAUGCGCCAGGCCCAGGUUGCUCCCUGGGAAAUAGGGGUUGACGUUUUUCCAUACUGGAAUUAUUCCCAUGAAAUUGAAACACCGACGCCCAUUCGAUAUUCUCAGUCGGUUCAUUGUGCCAUGACCUCUGACACUUUCUCAUGCUCGAAUUAUCUCCCUGAAGUUGCUCCGUCAACACCCAUUCGAGUUUCUCGGCGUGUUCCGAGUGCAGCGAACGUUGAUAAUUUCUCGUCUUCGCCUUACUCUCCUGAAAUCGCUAAUACACCAACACCCAUUCGAGGCUCAUACAACCCCAUGAUUCCUCUUCGGAAACUCCUCGUAGCUGAAAAGCGCACUACUAUCCCCGUAUCAACCCCUAAACACGAAAAUUCCCAGAGCAGCAAUUCACAAGCAAACGAGGCGAGAGAGGAUCCCGUGAUGAAUCGCAUGGUGGGAGAGAAGAAGAUGGAAGCUCGUCAUAUCCUCAAGGUCCUCGGGCAUUGUUGGCAAUCCAUGUCAAGGGAAGAGAAGCAGCCUUGGUGAGAGCAGGCACCUAAUAUUGCUGAUGACCACAAGCAACUACAUCCCAACUGGAAAUACCAACCUAAGAAGAAGACUUCUCACCUAAGUCGUCCUUGGCUCUGAAUAAUUUGUUGGAGGCCAUACUUUAUCGUGCUGCUUUCAAUGAGGGAAUGAUGAAUCAGGGAUGUGUAGAUGACGUGACGGUUGGACGAAAGCCUGGGUGUGUAAGGGUCAUUGUAGGGGUGUUGGUUGCUUUUUAUAUAUUGGUAGCACUGGUGUAUGAAAGUAUCGCUCAAGGCUUAAUGAUCAAUGAUCUGUAUAGACAAAGGAGAAACGUCGCCAAGCCAGCUUCAGAGACUAGGCACAAAAGGGUCUUGAAGAGGCAUCGUGUAGUAACUGAUGUUAUAUAGACCCGAAUGGCUGCAGUUCUGACAAGAUGUAUACUAGUGGCAAUAGGAGAAAAUUUCUGAGAACAGUUACAUAACCUCCUUCAGGGAGUUUGACCAAUAAAUCUAGAUUCC